AUGAAUUUAUUGAACAUCGCCAAACAUCUUCUUCGUUUGACUCAAACUGAAUAUGGAUCUGAAAAUUCUGCAACAACUACCGAUGAAAUUUUUGUUGCAGAACGAUUAUUUCAAGUUCUAAAGUCAUUUAAAGAUAGCUACUUCAGUGAGCUAUAUACUUAUGAUACUCUCGAAUUUGAAGACGAAUAUGAUGAAAUGACUGAUUCAGAAGAGAGCAACGAUGAUAUGACCAAUGAAGAAGACACUGACGAUGAAAUGGAUGAUUAUGAUGAGACUGAUCAUUCUGAUUUAAAAAAUCGUUUGACAUUAGAAGAAAUGGAAAAUAUAAUCGAAUGGGUUGACGAACAUCCGAAUGCCAGAUUUGCAACUAUUUCUAAUCGAUUUAGAAAGAUCAAAUCCAUGAAUUAUAUUACAAAAUUUAGAGAAUAUAUCGAAAACAACGGCACAAGAUUAGAAAAAUUAAAACAAAUUGAAGCAUUUAUGUUUGACGAAUUUUAUCUGAAAAGAACCAUUGAAAAGGAAGCCCUUCAUGAUACUGACCUAGAACUCUAUGCAAUUCAAAAAGCAAGAGAAUUAAAUUGGGAUACAUUCAAGGCAAAUGCUCAAAAUUGGAUUGAAAGUAAAAGAACUUUAAUAUCAAAGUAUUCUUCUCACCCAAUUUUAAACAGCGAUCACUGUUCAUUUCAACAAGAAUAUGUUCCACCAAGGACCCUUUCUUUUACUGGUGAAAGAACAACAGAAGUGGCUGCUAAAAAGAAAUAUAAUAUAACGCAUUCCUAUACAGUUCAACCAGUUACAUCAGCUAAUGGUCAUUUAUUGGACAAGUUCUUACUCAUUCUUCAGGAAAAAGAAAAUACAUUCGGUACAAGAGUGCAACAAAAUUUAAUUAUACCACCAAAUGUUGUAGUAAGAGCUUCAAAAUCAGGAAAAAGCAGUGAUGAAAAACAUCAUACUUUUUUAAAUGAAGUUCUACGCCCAUUGGUUGGUAAAAAAUUUCUUCUCUUCCUUGAUGCUUGGAAAACUCAAACUGAUCUAACAAAAUUUAGAGCAGUAUUUCCUAAUCAAGACACUCAAUUAUUGAUUUUUCCUGAAGGAUCAACCGAUUAUAUUCAACCACAAGGUCUUUCUUUAUUCCGUUCAUGGCGAUUUAUUCAUGAAAAAAUCGAAAAUUAUACUUAUAUUAAUCGAACAGAAAUAACUUUAAGUGAUCGUCAAUAUUUCAUCAACAUGCAUUCUGUUAUUCACAAUCAAUUAUCCGCUCCACAAUUUAAAAAUCUCAUUAAGAAUGGAUUUAUGCAAGCUCGAAUAGCAAAUGAAACAAAUGGACAUAUUGAAAAACCAAAAGAUGUUUGCUUCAAAUUUUACGAUCUAUACUGUUCAGUUAAUAAUUGA